AUGCGCCUGUCGUUCUACUCCUGUCACAACAUAACCUCGGUGCAGAAGGGAAGCACGGUGGCCUUUAGCUUGGUGCUCUUCGUCGGGGGCCUCGUGGGCAACCUCUUGGCGCUGGGCUUGCUGGCGCGCUCGGGGCUGGGGUCGUGCCCGCCGCGCCAGCAGCGCUCGCCGCCGUCGGUCUUCUACGUGCUGGUGUGCGGGCUGACCGUCACCGACUUGCUGGGCAAGUGUGUGGUGAGCUCCUUCGUGCUGAACGCUUACGCGCAGAACCGCAGCCUCCAGGGGCUGGUGAGCGACAGCUCCCUGUGCCAAACCUUCGCCUUCUUCAUGACCUUCUUCGGGCUCGUCUCCACCAUGCAGCUGCUGGCCAUGGCCCUCGAGUGCUGGCUCUCCAUCGGGCAUCCUUUCUUCUACCGACGGCACAUCACCCGGCGCCGGGGCGCGCUGGUGGCUCCCUCGGCGGGCGCCUUCUGCCUGGCUUUCUGCGCUCUGCCCUUCGCGGGCUUUGGGAAGUUCGUGCAGUACUGCCCGGGCAGCUGGUGCUUCUUCCAGAUGGUGGACGAGGAGCGAUCGCCGGUGGUGCUGGGCUAUUCGGUGCUCUACGCCAGCCUGAUGGCGCUGCUGAUCCUCGCCAUCGUGCUGUGCAACCUGAGCGCCAUGCGCAGCCUCUACGCCAUGCACCGGCGCUUGCGAAGGCUCCCGCGCUGUCGCCUCGGGGACCCGCGCGUCCAGUGCACGGCGGGCGUGAGCGAGGCGGCCUCGCAACCCCUGGAGGAGAUGGAUCACCUGCUGCUGCUGGGGCUCAUGACUGUGCUCUUCACCAUGUGCUCCCUGCCUUUAGUCUUUCGGGCUUACUAUGGAGCAUUUAUAAACGACCACAAGAAAAAUGAGUCCUAUGAAGUAGAUGACCUCCUCGCCUUGCGUUUAUUCUCAGUGAUCUCUAUUGUGGACCCAUGGAUUUUCAUCAUUUUUAGAACAUCAGUAUUUCGGAUGUUUUUCCACAAGAUCUUCAUAAGGCCUCUUUCAUACAGACAUUGGAACAAUCAUUCCUGCCGAACAAAAAUGGAAUCCAGGGAAAAGGUGAAAUGCUGGCGACCAAUUAAAGUAACCCAGAGUACAAACCCGCGCGCUUGGAGCCCCGGACCUGUUGUGGAUUCUGCACAAACCCUGCAAGUGCCCCCGAGCUUCCUACACGCCCUCAGCUUGAGCGCCUGGAAAGCCACAUACCGCGCCCUAGCUAGCCACCGACUGCCGUGCAGCAAGGCGCGCUCCUGCCCGGGAACCGUCGAUGGCUCUUAA